GCAGCGCGGUGGGAGCGGCGGAGCGGCCAGGAUGCGUCCCAGGCUCGGCGCGGCGGGGCUGCUGCAGCUGUUCCAGCUGUUUCUGCAGCUGGAUUCCUCCCUGGCCGGCGUCCAGACCGGGGACGGUUGUGGUCACUCUAUGCUGAUGCCACACAGUGGGACGCUGACCUCCAAAAACUACCCUGGCACUUAUCCCAACUUCACAUCCUGCGAGUGGAGGAUCCAUGUAGCUCCUGGGAACUACCUCAGCCUGGUCUUUGGAGACAUGGACAUUGAGGCCUCAGAACAGUGCAAAUCUGGCUUCUUGUUACUUUCUUCUGAUAGCUCCAGCUAUGGUCCGUUCUGCAGUAACUCAAACUUGCCCCGCCCGGUCUUGGUGGUAAAUACUAGCUCAGUAACCAUCUUGUUCAACAGCACAGUGCACCGCUCAGGACGUGGCUUCCUCCUUUCCUAUGCCAGCGGCAGCCAGCCAGAUUUGAUUUCCUGUUUGCAAAAGGGAAUCCAUUACAGCAAGGAACAACUCAGAGUGUACUGUCCUGCAGGCUGCAAGGAAGUGGUGGGAGACAUCUGGGGCAACAUGAAGCAAGGCUACCGAGAUACCUCAGUUCUCUGCAAAGCCGCCAUCCAUGCAGGCAUGAUCUUAGAUGAACAGGGAGGACAGGUUACGUUAUCACGAGGAAAGGGAAUCACUCUGUAUGAAUCAUCCUUUGCUAACGGACUCUGCUCCAAAAGGGGACCCUUAUCUGAAAAACGGCUCAUCUUUCACAAAGAUUGUGAUGAAGUCCUAGAAGCAUUCAGCUUCAAUGCAUCAUCCUGUUGGCAUGAACAGAAUGAGAUGGGGGGAAAUCAGGCCUGGACUGCUGAGCAUGCUGCUUUUACUAGCAGUGGGAUCUCCUGGGCAGCAGAUCAGAGCUCUACAGAAGAGUGGCUGGAGGUAGAUUUGGGUGGAAAGAGAAACAUCACAGGGAUUAUAACGAGGGGGUCGUCUCAUAAGCAUAACUACUACGUAAAGUCCUACCGAGUCCUUUCUAGCCGGGAUGGAAAGAACUGGAAAGUCUAUAAGUCCAGCGAUAGAGAGGAUAAGGUCUUUGAAGGAAACAGUGACAGCCACCAAGAGGUCUCCAACACUUUUAUCCCACCAAUCCUGGCCCGUUACCUGCGCAUCAAACCGCACAGUUGGAAUCAGAGGGUUGCGCUGAAAGUCGAGCUUUUGGGAUGCCAAGUGGCCCGCAUCAAGGCAGUGCACCCGUACAGUGAUAAUGGAAUCCGCAGAGGCCCCAAGGCGAUUCCUGUCCUAACCAGCAUUCCGACCAUUUUCACCCCAAAUCCUGGAAUAGUAAUCAGUCCUGAGAAAAAAGGUCCUCCACUAUUAGUGAUGUUGCUGAUCGGAGGCUUUGUACUUAUCUCCUCUGCCCUUCUGCUCCUGGCUUUUCUCUGCCUUAAGAAGAAGAGGAAGACAGCAGUAGAUCAGGACUGUGGCCUCAUAAAAGGCUGCCCAACAACAGAGGCUAGCCAGAUCUGUUCCAGACGUAGCCUGCAACAGUCCACUUCAGAAAUGGCCUCAUUCCCUGGGGCAGGGGCCUCCGCGGACCUCAACGAAGCUCUGUCACCAGAAUAUGCUGAGCCGGAUAUAGUGCAAGUCAGCCCCACCAGUCAGACGGUACCAUCCACGUUCAAGCCGGACCCGGACGAAGGCUACACGCUCCCCCUAGUGGUGAACCAUUAUGAUGUGCCAGGGAAAUACCAUGAGUAUGCUGAACCGUUGCCGCCGGAGCCAGAGUAUGCCACGCCGUUCGCAGACCAGCCCACUGAGGCAGAGGGGUCCCCUUUCUGGAGGAACGUCUGUGUCAUCAAAGUCAUUCCCUCCUCCCAAAGCCAGCCAGGGUCCUUGGGUUCACCAGGGUGCCCUGAGCCCCAGAUGCAAUAUGACUGCCCUGCUCAGCGGCCUGCCGAGAAGCCAAACAGUGCAGCUGAUAAAGUCAGCAUACCGGAGGACUCGGCAACCACCACCCACAGGGAACUACAAGGUGAUCGGACCUUGAGCUCACCAGAGGAAUCCUCCGCUGCACAGCCAGAUACCUCUCGGCAAGGAUGCCCUGUCCAGCUCAGGGACUCCCCCCUUGCACAUGUCUAUCACGAGCUUUUUUAAACCACACAGAAAGAGGCCUAAUGCCCACAGAAAGUGAUGGAUUAUGCCAAGGAGCACCGCUCGUGACCAGAAGGUCAUCUAACCAAGGGCUGUUUUUCUCACCAGCAAAGGAAAAUAGAGUUUCCUGGCAUCUAUGCUCUGCUUCUGAGGAGCCUUUGUCUUGAACCCCUGAUGGACUUGGCUGGGAUUUCCUAUCCACCCCUUUAAUUUGACAAACACCUCCACUGCAAGCACCAAUCCUAAACAGCUCUACUCAGAAACAGAGCCACAUUAUUCAGUGGGGCUUACUCCCAAGAAAGUGUCCUCAGGAUUGCACCCCAUGUCCCAAUGAGCUCAAUGAGAGUAACUUCUGAGUAUACAUACUUAGGAUUGUACAGGAAGUAAUCCCAGAGAUGGUAUGGAGGGAACUCAAAAUAUACAGUGGAACCUCGGUUUUUGCCGGUAAUCUGUCCGGCGAUGCUCGGUGAAAACCGAAACCGGCGAAAACCGAAGCUACGCCGUUUGCACAUGCGCUACGCAAACGGCGUAGCAAAUUUACGCAAAAAGCAUAAAUUUACGCAAAAAGCAUAGCCAAAAACGGAGGCGCCUGGCGAAAACCAAGGCAAAAAAACGGCUGGGAGGCAACUGGCAAAAACCGAAGGCGACGAUUAUCAAGGUUCCACUGUAUAUGUAAUAUAACUUUAUCUUCUUACUUUGCUGUUCUAAUGAAUUUUUGUGAAUAAUAAAUGCCUACUAUAUAUAUAAGUGGGAACCUGCAAGAACUUGUGGGAGGCAUCUCAUUUACCCCUCCGCCCCUGUUUCCUCUUUCCCUUUCCUGGAAGCCUCCAUAGCCUCUCCCCUUUUCUGGCUUCCUUCUCCCUUUCCCACUCAACAGCCAGUCUACAUUUAUCUACUCCCCCUCCCCCAUCUUCAGCUUCACCCCUACCAUGCAGCCUCUAUGUGGGAAAAGUACGGCCUGGGUAUGUGACGCUGACCACUGGGCCAGACCCACCCUCAUGGUAAGGAAGCCUCAAGGACUCGUGGGUGGCCCCACACUUUCACCUGUAUCUCCCUCCCCACACUAUUUCCUCUUUCCCUCCUGGCAACUCCCGUAUCCUUGCCCCUUUCUCAGCCAUUCACCAUCAUACCUUUUACCUCACCUCCCUUCUUUAGCUAUAUUUAUUAUUUAUUUACUACAUUUAUACUUCACCUUUCUCCCCAGUGGGAACCAAAGUGAAAUUCGGAUAGCAAUUCCUGUUUGUGGCGUGAUAAAGUCAAUAAGGGUUUUUUUAAAAAGGAGAAAUUAUAUUCAAAAUUAGGUGGUAACAUAUCAUGAUAACAUAUCCCCCUAGACUUCCCUCUAGGGGAAAUGCAAACUGAAAUGAAGAGAUUUAGUAGCAGAGGAGUAUACCUGUCAUACACAAAUAUUAGAAAGAUUUAAAGCAGAUAAAAGAUGUCAUGGUUUUGAAUGUUCUAAGUCCGAAUGUUCGAACGAUGGUCGUGUUAUUGCCAAAAUGUAUACAUUUCUGAUGAAAUUUGAAACAGGAAGAAUGAGUGGCAGAUUGUAUGAUAAAAUGGACAAGUAACUUUGGGUAUAAUAUACAAAUGGAUCAGUGGGAGAGUAUGUGGUUAACGGGUCUUAAAUUUACAUUAAGUUCCAGCCUCAAAGAGAAUUUGUAUCAAGUGAUGUAUUGUCGGUAUUGUCACCAGAGAAAUUAGCAAAAAUGCAUUAAAAUGUUUAAAACAUGUUAGAAAUGUGAUCAUCAUGAAGGGUCACUUUACUGUUUAUGGUGGACUUGUAAUAAAGCUUUUAAGGAAUGGAUACAAAUACACUUGAUAGUCCGGAAGAUUUAAAAGCCUGAUAUACAGAUGAAACCGAGACUUUCCUUAUAGGUCUUAUUGACAGUUUGAAAAAAAUAUAUGGGAUCUUGUUUUUAUAUUUGUCACCAGCCACAAGGAUAUUAUAUGCACAAAAAUUAAAAACAUCAUCUAUAUGUCUAAUAGAAGAAUGGUUUGUGAAGAUACUGGAAUUGACUGAGAUACCUAAAUUUCUUUGAUUAGAGAACAUUCAUUGCUAACUGGCAAUCAUGAUAGCCUUUUUGAAAAAAACGGAAAAGAAUGAAUUGAUUUGAGGAUUAGGAGAUUAAUGGAUGUAAUAACGAAAAGUAUGACUCCUAUUUAACCCUAAUGAUAAUUAAGAAUUAACUGAACUACAAUUUCAUAAUUGUAACUAAGGAGCAAGUGGUAAAUCUUUAACCGUGUUUAUAUUUGGAACAGCGGAUAGCAGGAGACCUCCGUUCCCCUAUUAUAAUAUAGUUUUUGUGUAUAUUCUUUAUUAUUGUUCACUUCUUUAAAUCUCUUAAUAAAAAAAUAAAUGCCA